UUGACGUGUUACAAUCAGCAUUCUGCUGAUUACCUAACAGCUUUUUUGGAAUAUAUCUUAAAAAGACAAAACAAAAACAAGGCAAAAACAUAAACAGAAGUGAUAAAGGAUGUUCAUGACAGCACUGCUGAGGAGGAGCGAACGAAGGCUCGCCUCACUGCUUCACUUCCUGCAUUCCAGGAUUAGUAACCAAAGGUUACAAGGAAGGAGGAAGUGGGAAGCUACUGCUGCUGGCGCUGCUCAAGAAAUUCUGGAGAUGAUGCAAUUGCCAAGCUCGAUGAAAUCAGAUGAGGCUGUGGGAAGGGUUUGACUCUUCUGUGGCGCUGCAGUCAGAGAUACGUUAUCAGCCUUUGACCAGCGCCGAGCCAGGGCACCACGGGGCUCGGCUCAAACAGACGGGAGACGUCCUCCUCUUACGUAACCAAACAGUGGGCUCGGGAGUCGGACAGAGAUCCGAGCAGCAGGAUGACCAUCAACACCAUGGCGAAGGGAGGCUGGCGCCGGGAGCAGAUGGCCUGCUUCCGAAAGAUGGAGAAAGUGAUUGUGGCCAUGCAGGACCCUGACAUGGGCAUGAAGAUGAGAAACCAGAGGCUGCUUAUCACUGUCAUUCCACACGCCAUGACAGGUCAUGAUAUCAUUACUUGGCUGAUCCAGAAAUAUUGUAUCUGCGAGGAGGAGGCUCUGCACGUUGGCGGCAUGCUGGUGAGAUACGGAUAUAUUUACCCUCUCAAAGAGCCCAGAUCGCUGGUGCUGCGGCCCGACGAAUCGCCCUACCGCUUCCAGACUCCGUACUUCUGGACCAGCACCCGCUGGCCUGCGUCAGAGCUGGACUACGCGAUCUAUCUGGCCAAGAAGAACAUAAGAAAACAAGGAGAACUGAUGGAAUAUGAAAAGGAAAGGUACAGCGUGCUGCACAAGAGGAUCAACCACACCUGGGACUUCGUGGUGAUGCAGGCAAGAGAGCAACUCAGGGCGUCCAAACAAAGGCGGAAAGCUGACCGCAUUGUUCUGGAGUGUCAGGAGCAGGCGUACUGGCUCAUCAACAGGCCCCCGCCUGGGGUGCAGAAUGUGUUGGACAUGGGUCUGGAGCGGCCAAAUAACUUCAGCUCCCGAGUUACACUGAACAGCGACUACUACAAGCGAGAGAUCGAAGCCUGCAGACGGGCCCUGGGAAGGAACCGUGUGAAGUCGUCCAUCUGCCUGGAGGGCUUUGUGAAAUACAGCGAGCAGUACCAGACCCACGAUCCCAUCAUGCAGGGCUGCCUUCCCAGUAACCCCUGGAUCUCUGACGACACGGCGCACUGGACCAUGAACGCAGACCUGGUGCCGAUCCCGACACGCCUUCGAGUGGAGCGCUGGAGCUUCAGCUUCGUCGGGCUUCUCAACGACUCCAUGGGGAGGAAGGAGUUCAUGACCUACCUGGAGAAAGAGUUCAGUGCCGAGAACCUCUGCUUCUGGCAGGCCUGUGAAGACAUCAGACACGGGGAAAGUUCCAAGAUCGCAGAGAAAGUGGAGGAGGUCUACAAGAAUUUCCUGGCUCCUGGAGCGGCCCGCUGGGUCAACAUCGACAGCAAGACCAUGGAUAAAACCUUGGAGGGGAUCAAGCGUCCGCAUCGCUUCGUCAUGGACGACGCACAGAUGCACAUCUACUUCCUCAUGAAGAAGGAUUCCUACCCUCGAUAUCUAAAGUCUGACCUGUACAAAAACAUGCUGGCCAAAGCGAUUGUUCCUCAGGAAACCAAAAAGAGUGUUUUUCCGUUCAUGAGGCGCCAGCGGCACUCCAGUCCCUCCCCGGCCCAGGCCGUGACCCCGGCCGCCGAGGACGACGGGCGGGCCAAGGGGGCCGGCCAGGCGGGGACCAACGCCUGAUGGCGGGCCCAGGGGGCCGGCCAGGCGGGGACCAAAGUCUGAUGGGGUUUCAGAUCCAGUCGCUCACUCUCCAUCAUCUCCCAGCAGUUUCCUCUCUAUCUAAAGAAACUUUUCCUUCACUCAUAUUAACGCGCAGAGCUUCCAGUCAGGAAGGUUUUAAUACACACAUCAGCAGCAGCAUCACUUCUGGGCACGAGCUCAAAAAAAGAGCUCUUAGUGCUUCUGUUGGAGCCUUUCCUGCUGCGUUAUCGUCCCAUUUCAGACAGUGAGCUGAACUGUUCCGGACAGCUCUCCCUCACAUCACAUGUUCAUUUCUCCUCUGACCAAACUCACUGCUUUCUAGAGGACUCCCGUGUUUUCAUGUAGGGGUGGUUGAUUGAGAGUACAGGUGUAGAUUUGCCUCUGCAUGUCUGUGAUUACCAUACAG